AGAAAAUUGCUGCGUGCCCAAUCGCACUACCCGCCCCAGAGAGUUGGGAAUUUUUUAAGUAUUUUGUGUCAGCUGGGCACACGAGUUAUCAGUACAGACCACCCAUUCUGACUACACGAAUUGGCAGCAGUGACGGGGCGAGCUGGCGGUGCGAGUAGAGAUCACCAGGACCAACGGCCUCAUGAACCACUCACCACCCAUCGAGUCAGCAGCGAUGCCCGGCGAUCCUCCCAAAAAAAAUCGCCGUAAUGCCAUGUGUGUGGGAUGCGGGUCGCACAUCCACGACCAGUACAUCCUCCGGGUGGCGCCCGACCUGGAGUGGCACGCCGCCUGCCUCAAGUGCUCCGACUGCAACCAGUACCUAGACGAAACCUGCACUUGCUUCGUGAGGGACGGCAAAACGUACUGUAAAAGGUGCUACGUAAGGUUAUUCGGAACCAAGUGCGCCAAGUGCAGCCUAGGUUUCACCAAGAACGACUUCGUUAUGCGCGCGAGGAACAAGAUAUACCACAUAGACUGUUUUCGUUGCGUGGCGUGCAGCCGGCAGCUUAUUCCCGGGGACGAGUUCGCGCUCAGGGAGGACGGUCUGUUCUGUAAGGCCGACCACGAGGUCUUGGAGAGGGCGUCAAACAAUGUGGAUUCUAACGGUAGAGCCAGUCUGGGAAGUACCGACCUCGAAAUGGCAACUCGCCCUGAGUCCCACGGUCGCUCGGACCAACGAAGACCACAGGUUCACAAACAAGACGGACACAAACCCACCCGAGUCAGAACAGUUUUGAACGAAAAGCAGCUGCACACGUUACGGACUUGCUACGCGGCCAAUCCGCGGCCGGACGCGUUGAUGAAGGAACAGUUAGUGGAGAUGACGGGCCUGUCACCCCGCGUCAUCAGGGUCUGGUUCCAGAACAAACGAUGUAAAGACAAAAAGAAAUCUAUCCUCAUGAAACAGAUGCAAGAACAAGCUUCAAAACAGGACCUUUCUUCAGACUCUAUCGUGUGGGACACGCUACCCGAUGACAUGACGGCCAGCCCUAACGGCAUGUCGGGGAUCGGGCGGCUGAACGGCGUGCCCAUGGUGGCGCAGGAGCCCGUCAGACACGAGAGCCAGAUGCAGGCCAACCCCGUAGAAGUACAGAGUUACCAACAACCACCGCCAUGGAAAGCUCUCAGCGACUUCGCCUUGCAAAGUGAUAUAGAACAGCCCGCCUUUCAACAGUUGAAAUCCGGGGAUGUCCACGCUCAGCUACCAUGUGGGGGAGGCAUGAUGGUACUGACCCUCCAUCCACACAGUCAUACUCCGGUAAGUUCGUUCGACCACAACAGUGGAAAUGUCCCGACCUCACAGCCCGGGCCCGGGAUGGCGGCUCCGGGAGGACCUAGCGAAGCUAACGGGAACGGACCCGGUGUGCCCCCGCCGGGAGGACCAGAGAUGCCCGUCGGAGCCAGUCCUCCUAACCCGGUGACCUGUACCUAACCACCUGCCGGCCAGGAUCUUCGUAUACGUGACGGGGACGGGCAUAUAAAGCUGCGCCAAAAAUGAUUUAGUAAAAAAAAUGACUUGUGCGAUACAGCCAUACUCCCGUUUUUUCUACUGUCUGUCCGAUCUUUGCGUGGAAACAUGAUGGUCGUGUUGUCUUCGUUGCCCAGCACAGUGAGAGGUUGCAACCAGGCCUUCAUCUGUCAAGCAUUCUUCCAAUAACAAAAAUAUCUUUUGAGGUUCCACCAUAUUAAAUGUGAGUUUUAGUCUCAGGAGGCACUGCUAAAGACGACCAGCUGAUAUCGUUGUGACCGCUUCCUCCACGGUGAUGAUAAAGUAACCACAUACAGUUACGGAGAGAGGCAUAUCGUUUCUUAUGUGUAAAUAUUCAGUUUGAAGAUCUGUUCUUGACUUCUUCUUCUUCAUGACAGUGAGCUUGAGGAAUGAGUGUGUUGGAGGAAGGUCACAAAAAAGAAACACGGCUAUAUUCAAACGUUCAGACUGCCCUAUUGCCAGGGCUUCAAACUUUGCCGCCAUUUUUUGCUCAUCUUGUCUCAGAGAACUGAUUCCUUCCAACGACCACUGUUCCCGCUAGCUCGACCACGAUAUGUUGAGAUAGAAAUCCACACCAUUACCAACUCAACCGCCAUGCAAAACAUGAGACUUUAGCGUCGGGAAACAGUUCUAGUUUUACACGGACUCUAUUUUUACAAAGAUUCGCUAUAAACGUUCCCGAUUACAUACUUUGAGCUUACAAAAACGGAAAGUUGUUAACUAUUCUGAGUCGAUACAACUAUUGAGUACGUUGUUCUUAUCAUUAGCAGAUUUGGCCAAACAAUAUCGAGAACAUUGAUACUUUCUGUCAUUCAAUCUGAUGGUGAAACCUUCCGUUAUAUCACUGUUUUCCCCAGACAACAGUCCGUCCAGCAAGUUUACGUUGCUUGUAUAUUUUAUUGUGUCCAUGUUGAUCGUCUGUGCUUGCAUUGUCAUGUCUUGAAAAAGGGGAGGGAGGGGGGCGAUUAAGGAGUUGUGGCAGUAGACCAGAAUAACAAGAGAGAAAGUCUCUGUGAGAUUUAAGCAGUGAAAAUGUUAGAUGGCGGACAUAACGAUCAUUGCACAGCUUCUUUAUCUGUCUCCUACAUUCACCACCCGGUCUCUCAACGGAGUUUCUUGUGUAGAGAACCUUGUCCGGUCAUAUCUCAGUGGCAUUAUUUAUUGACUUUGUAUAUGUACAUAUAUAUAAAGAUGUAUGGCCGACGUUGACUACGUCAGCGGCUUUUUAGCAGGGGAGUGAUCGCAUUGAAAUAAAAGCGAAUUCCCUUCUAAAA